UUGCAUAACACAUGUAUCCUUCUUGAGAAGGUGUGUCCUGUUGACAUGGAGACGCGUCGCACAGCAGCAGUGACGCGUGAUCGUGGAGACGCGUGUCCCGGAACAAAACCGAAAUAUCAGCCGUAGUUAGCAAUGCCGCUUCCCGGCGUUCACUUUCUUCCGCCUUGCUGCUCAACAUGCGGCCGUGUUUCGCUCCCCGGGACCGAAGCGGCUCCGCUCGGCCCCACGUGUUGAGUAGAGGGAGGUUUCAGGUCUCUGUGCGCAGCGCUUGCUUCGCGUUACAUUUGGUUUUGACGUUCACACUCGUCUUAAAGACCGCUACCGUGUAUUUCCCACGUUAAUGGUCUUUCAUUUAUCCGAGAAGCCUUUUAUCUUUCGGCACAACCGUUCUCAGACUCGGUGCACCUGUUGAGCCGCGCGUCACCAGCUCUGCGUGCCCACUCCAUCAUGGCAGAAGACAAACAGCUGCUGCCGCCUCCCACGAGCUCCGACAACACAAAGAAGAAGAAGAAGAAGAAGAAAAAGAGAAAGAAAGUGACUGCUCCCACCACAGGACAUACAGAGAAACCUCGGGCUGUCUCUUUGCCCCCUGAGACCUCGCCUGUGUCCCUGCUGCCCCCACAGAGUCCAGGUCAGCCUCGAGGCCAGCUGCCCAAGCUCCAAGCAGCCAGUAAAAAGAAUGGGGAACGACUUGCUGGCAGCGACCGGAGGAGUAAAAAACACCCCAAGGAUUCACCAGCCCCGCUGACAGCUACAAGCAAAGCCAGGGGCAUUGGUCUGCUCUGCGCCCAGGCCAGGGAGAGCCUGAGGUGGGAGGGAGUGCUGGAGGACCCCCAGGCUGAGGAGAAGAGGCUGGAGCUGUACAGGGCCAACAGGCGGCAGCGUUACAAUGCACACAGAGACGCCCUGUCAAAGGAAACCCAGGCUGCCUUGAGACAGACUGUUCCUUAGGAGAGCAAAGAGAAAAAGGCUUUGACUUAAUCUGACCAACAGGAGGCAUCACUGCAUGAGAGCACAGACUGAAUUAAAGAAGCAAGUGAGAGCCUGAUGCUGAGCGUCUCAGGCUUUAUUUAUGUACAGUUUAAAAACGGAUUUAGCAACAGCGAGCCACAGAGUGAAGAUCUCUGGGUGCCGUGAAGAGGAUGCACCAAAGAGAAAUCCAGCAUGUUGCCAAUUUAAUAGCCUUAAAAGCACUCAAUAGAAAUGCUUUCUCUGUUGGGUAAAACAAACACAUAUCCACAGUGUCUCGACUGUCCAUGGACCUACACAACUUCUCCUGGAAGUUAAUAUAGGGUUGGCACGGUUUAUCAUCUGAUUCUAAAUGAUGUAACACUUCCAGAAAAGACCCAAAGUAGAUCUUUCAGGUCUGAAACCCCAUCAGGAUCACUGAACCCCCCUCUCAUCUGCGUCUGUGACGUAAAGGAGGGUGGAGUGGAUGAGGCUCGCAUGAUGUCUUUCUCACCCCUAGAACUUACAAAAAAUAUGUCAGCAGUUUUUCUUUUUUUAUGCAAAAAUACCCAGAAAGCCAUCCAGAGUGGGUAUGGAGUUUAAUCAGAUUGAAUGGGACACAAUGUGUUAAAACACUAAAACUGUGCAGCACAUUGAUUGACCUGCUGUACCAGUGAUCUAAUGUGCAAAGUCACAAAUUCAGCCAUGGUUUUUACCCCUCUCAUUCUGCUCCAUACUGUUCACUACAAAAAGCAAUUUAAAGACACUUUAAAAGGGUAAAUCUUUGAAAGGACUGUCAAAUAAAUCUUAAAAGCACUACCACUGCUGGGUGAUCGAUGGCACGAUGGCAGAAACAUCACGUGUCCCUCGAGUAAAUAUGCUCCAACACGGAUAAGUUAAUGAAUGCAAAAAGAGACAGUGCUUUUGUGCCUGAGAUAUUUUUUUUAUGCAUGCACAAAUUCAAACAAAAUAGACAAAAAUGUUUAAAUGACAAUUACAUUCCUGUUAUUUCUCCCUGGGCAUCAGGGUUCACUUUGCAUUGAUAACAAAGCGAGAAGACGGAUACACAGCACUGUGACUGAGAGGAAAAGAACAUCUUUCACUUUAAAUCCUUCGGAGAACAAAGCUGAUACACAACAAAUGCUACAUGACUUAUUGUAACAAUGUGUGUGGGUGUAAAGUAAGACUCAGAGAUGUCCCUUAGAUACAUUCACACUUUAAGCUAUUACUUUACAGUAUAUUGCUUUAAAUGCAAUACUCCAAGAGAUGUGAGGUUGUAGGAAUAUUAGGGCAGUCAGUGUGCCCUACUGCAGAGAGAUGAACAUUACAGUAUAUGAUGAUUUAUACCGGUGACAAUGUACAUUUAUGAAUGUUGUUUUUUAAUAUAAUGUUCUGCAUUAAUUUGUUGAAAAACCAUAAUUCAGGUACUGAAUUUGUUCAAUUGGCCAACAAAUAUUUUCCAUUCAUUAUUUCUGAAUUCAUUAUCCAGAACAUGUAAUAUAUUAUGAUGUAGAUGAUCUAAAUGCUUCUAUUAAAAAAUAAACUGAAUAAUUAAUGAUUUACGACGAGUACAAGUACAAGUACAAAAUGAUGACCAGUACUGGGAUUGAAAAGUCUGCAUCAGUUGAAUCCUGGAUAUAGUGAACCCGUUGACAGGAAGGGAGAGUGAUGGGAGAGAGUGACGCUCAGAGUAAAUGUGAAGACAGGGAUGGACCGGCACAGAGACACAAGAGAAAAACGCAGCAUUUCUUUUGUGAAGGUUUUGUCACACUGGUUUUGUCACACUGCAUUUGUGUGCCGUUUGUCGAAGGCCUAUUGUUCCCUGUUGGUGUGUUUUGUUACCGUUGCCUAUUUCAACACCUCUGCUUCAAAGAGCUGAGCACUCCCCCUCUGUUCCCAUAAGCCCCCCUCCCACUCACUGACCGGACCACGUACAUGGCCGCAGUGAGCAUGAAGACCACUUGUGUUUUCCUAGCAGCAUUGUACACCGCCUUCUAGAGAUGAACAGCAGAAAACACACUGAAGCAUCUUAACUGAUGUCUCUGGACCGUCACUGAAAUAUCCCUUGAGACAUAAAGCCAUGAAAUGAAAUACUCUGAAGAAAUAAUAGGGGAAAAAGAUCAAGAUUAUAAAAGAAGUCUCAAAAGCUGCAUCUGUCUGAGGUAUCUGUUGUUUGCUUGGUGGAGUCCCCCUCGCCUGAACUCUGAGUGUAUGACGCACAGUUUAAAUCUAAUACUGUGCGUCACAGUGUAUAUAUACAUUUCACUGUGGAUUGUGUGAAGGCCGUCUCUUUAUCCAGGUCUCCAAACUCUCGCUCCUCAGUGAGAGGGGUGGUGACGAAGAGACAGACCAAUGUCAUUCUGGCUGCAUGUCAACAUUGUACAGAAGGCGUGUUGAGCAGAAGGUUAGAGGAACGUCUAGAUUGGGACAACUGCAGCCAGCUCAGGUCAUCUGAUCUGUCAAGUAGAGGAAAAAGAGAGAACAUGGAUUUACAUAAUUGAAUACACUGAUCAGCUCCAGCUUGUUCCUCGCAUGUGUCGCCAAUACAUUUGCAUUCGAGUGAACACACUGUUAGAGGCCCAUAAACAUUAUAAGAUGUUUUGUAUGUUUACUGACAGUAAAACUCUCUCCAUGUGUGUGAUCCUACCAGUCAUCAGACAAUGUUAUUAUCCAAAGAUGGAAAUAAUAAAGAAGAACAGAACAUG